AUGGCAUGCACUUUGUCAUCCAUAACAAGCUCUCAAAUUACCAAUGCCGCCUGCAAUAAUGUGCUUAAAGAAGAAGGCAGGCUUCGUCGCUCAUUUUCAAGUAAAGAACUGUGUCAGAGAACGGGAAUGCGAAGAUCAUACUCAGAAAACCAUCUAUGUUGUUAUAAAAGUCAUAUUCAGUCUUCAACGACAGAACCAAAGCUAAAGAACAGCCGUUCCAUGAGUUUCUUCAAUAUUCCAUUGUCAGAUACUUUUCGAUCGUUUUUGUUUGAUCCAGAGACGAGCAAAGAGAGAAAAAUGGAGCAGAACAUGGUAGAAGUAGAUGACCACGAGGAGAUGGAUGUGGAGAAGAAGAGAUUGAAUUGGGUCGAAAAACUUCUAGAAAUCCGAAAUAUCUGGAAAGAGAAACAACUGAAAGAUGAAGGAAAUGUUGUCAAAGAAAAUGAGAAAGAUUGUGAUGAAGAUGGAGGUUGUGAAGCGGAUUAUGGAAACGAUGAGGUUGAUAUCCAUAUAGAUAGAGAAACAUUCUCGGCCUUGUUGAAACAUGUAUCCUGGUCAGAUGCUAAGCUAUUUUCUCAGCUGGCCUUCUUGUCUAACCUGGCAUACGUGAUUACAGAUAUCAAGACGGGGGAUUUAAGGAGAUAUUGUGGACUAGACUUCGUAACAUCUUCCCUAGAGAAGAAGGCAGAAACAGCAGCUAUAAAGGUUAAAAUUGAGCAGGAUUCCACUAGUGUACCUGUAACAACACCAGCAAUGACCGAUCCUCUUUCAGAAAAAAAGGAUAAUUCUGAACAAAGACGCUACACUCGUUCAUCUGCUGCUUAUGAAAUUGCAGUGGCAGCUGCAUCUUAUCUCCAAUCUCGUGCUAAGGACCUGAUAUCCUUGGGGUCUGAACCCCAACUUACAUUUGAUGUUUCCUUAGGGGGAAGAGAUGAGCACCAGGAAAUGGAUGAAGAGACUGCAAACCAACAUGUUCACAAAUCAGAGAUGGCAGCAUGUGUAGCAGCUUCAACAAUGACAGCAGUCGUUGCCGCAGAUGAGAAGCAAAAACAAGAGGCAGCAAGGGAUCUUCAGUCACUUCAUUCCUCUCCUAGUGAUUGGUUUGUUUGUGAUGAUUCAAAGAUACACACUCGCUGUUUUGUAAUCCAGGGAUCGGACUCAAUGGCAUCAUGGCAGGCAAAUCUCUUAUUCGAACCCACCAAAUUCGAGGGAACAGAUGUGCCCGUUCAUAGAGGAAUUUAA